AUGGCGCCCAAGAAGAAGCGCGGGACAAGCGCGGGGCGCCGGUCGGGCGCGGGGGGAGAGGGCGCCGAGCCGCCGCUGUCGGAACGCGCUCAGUACCUGCAGCGCGAGUACAAGCUGCUCUCGGAGCAGCUGGACGCCUGCGAGCAGCGAGUGGACCAAGUGCUGCGGGACAACGCCUUCCUCGACCGCGAGGCGCUGCGCCUGCGCGAGGAGAACCGGCUCUUCGCCAGUUACGUGAGCGCGCGCGCCCAGCGCUGCGCCAACGCCGUCGUCCGGCUGGAGGAGCAGAACCGCGUGGACUUGACGCUGAUCCACUGGCAGCGGGCGGAGCUGGCGUCGCUCUACCGCGGGCGUGAGGACGGGGUGCGCGCGCAGCUGCUGGAGAUGGAGGCGCGCGCGGCGCAGAUGGCGCAGCAGGUGCAGGAGUUGCAGCCCUACAAGGAGCUGCAGCUGGAGCAGUUGGCCCGCAUCCGGACGCUGGAGCGCGAGCUGCUCCACAUGCGCGUGGAGCACACGCAGCUGCUCCACCGCGUGAAGCGGCGCUUCCUGGAGGACAAGGCAGCCUUCGAGCGCGAGGCGCGCCAGCGCGUGCAGUCCCUGGCGCGGCGUGCGGAGCGUGAGGCGGCGCGCGCGCUCUUCGCGCACACUCAGGCCAUCAGAGCGGACAACGGGCGCCUGCGGCAGGAGCUGCUGCGGCUGCUCCGCCGGGCCCAGCUGCUGCACGACAUGCGGCGCCAGUUGCUGGAGCAGCGGGAGCAGCUGCGGCGCGAGCACGAGGACACGCGGGACUUGGCGCGCGUGCAUGGCUGGCUGCCCCGCGGCCCCGAGGGCCCGCCGCUGUGGCAACCGCCGCCGGCUGCCUCACACCCGGGGCCAUUCGCCUCCUCCACCAGCCCGCUGCGCGCCAUCUCCCGCGUUCCCUCAGCCUGUGCCUCACGGAACCCGUCUCAGGUCUCGCGGCGCCGGGCCUCUUGGACGCUUGCGGCCUCCCGGGCCGCGUCGCUGACCCCGUCGCGUGUUGCCCUCAGAGGCCCGUCACUGGCCCCUUCGAGGGCGGCUUCCCAGGCUCCAUCCCAGCCCCCAUCGCACGUGGGCUCCAGGGUACCGUCCUCGAUCCCUUCGCGCCCAGGCUCCCGGGUCCCUUCCUGGACCUUGUCCCGCUCGGGCUCCCGGAUCCUUUCCUGGACCCCAUCCCGUCCGGACUCUCGGGUGUCGUCGCGGUCCUCGCUGGGAGCUUCACAGGACACCACCCUUUCUGGGAAGUCCGUCCCCAGAAGGGGCUCUUGCGGUCUCCCAGUCGCCGGAGACCGUGAAGGUGACGCUGGAGCCGAAGCUGCCUCUGGGAGAGCCUGAGCCUACCCAGAGGAAGGCCAGUUAGGCCAGAGGGUGGGGGGAAACGCGUGCGCAGGACGCGGAUUUGGUGAGUGGAUUAUCAAUAAAGGUGUGGCAGCCUCGCCCCACGCUGCUCUGGCACCACCUGCUUCAGUGGCCAGCAUUUCUGGCCGGCAGGGGCCAUUCAUUAUGCCUGCUAGUUUCCAGUCUGCUGGUGGCUUGUGUGUCUGCCAGGCAAUCAGCGUCUGUCCACCCACAGCUAGUCUCCGGGCAGCUGGCAGGGGCAGAGGAAGUCAGCGACGCCAUGGUCCUGCCCACAGGGCCUGACAGUCUGGUGGCAGAGAGGGACAGCGAAGGCGUGGUUGGACAGGUAGUGUGAGAGCAGGAAAGGAGUCUGGCGGACCAGGGAGGAGCUGGUCGGCUGCGUGAGGUGGCUGGGACGGCCGGUCGCCAUGCAGGCUGCUCCGCGGGGACGGGUGUGGGCUUUUUGUUCCAGAGCCUUGGGGAGUUAUGGGCGUUUUUGUAGUGUUUAGCCUGUUGGGGGGUUGGGGUUAAUUCUUAAUUGUGAUAUAGUUUCCAACUUAGAGAAAAGAUGCAAGAAUAGUACAGGGAACUCCCAUAUACCAUUUAUUCAGACUCACCAGCAUUCUGCACCUUUGUUUUGUCUAUGUAUCUGUUUGUUUGUUUGUUUUUCUUGGUCAUGUCCUCCGAAUUUGAAGUUCCAGCCAGGGAUCAAACCUGAGCUACAGCAGCAACUCAAGCUGCUGCGGUGACAGUACUGGAUCCUUAAUCCUGCUGCACUGCAAGGGAACUCCUGAGCAAACUUUAAGUCUGAAAUAUAUUGAGCAGUAGUCCAUGUUUAUGGAUAUUAAGUUUUCAAUACUCCCUAAACUGAUCUAGAAAUUCAGCAUGACUCCAAGCAAAAUCAUAGCAGGUUUUUUGCUUUUUUUUUUUCUUUCAGAGAUAAAUUAUAAAGUUUAUAUGGAAAAGCAAAUAACCCACCUUGAAUAACAAAGUUGGAAGAUUUACACUACCUGGAACUAAAACUACAGUAAAUUAAGACAGAGUUCCGUCGUGGCGCAGAGGAAAUGAAUCCAAGUAGGAACCAUG